AUGCCAGUUGACCUGAAUGGGUAUUGGAAAAUUAUCUCUAAUGACAACUUCGAAGAGUACUUGAAAGCCCUCGAUGUAAAUGUUGCCAUUAGGAAAAUUGCCACCUUGUUGAAGCCCGACAAAGACAUCAGUCACGAUGGUGACCACGUUGUCAUCAAGACCCUCAGUACCUUUAAGAACUACAACAUGGAUUUCCAUGUUGGCAAGCAGAUCUCCCCCAAAAAGAUCUGCCCUUAUGACAAGUGCCUGACCACUAUCUCAUGGGAGGGGGACAAGCUGGUGUGUGUUCAGAAGGGAGAGAAGGAGGGCCGAGGCUGGACCCAUUGGGUGGAGGGAGAUGUGCUUCAUCUGGAGCUGAGAGCAUGUGGAGCUGUGUGCAAACAGGUCUUCCAGAAAACUUAAACCAACCCUGGAACAACAGAACGGUGCCCCUUACCUGAGAGUGCAGAGAGACACGGACACAACCCAAGCCUGUGACAGAGAACCACCUAUUGCACACAUCCGUCCAUCAAUCCAUCCUUUCAUCCAUCCUUCCUUAUUUCAUUCCAUCCUUUCACAUUUCAUUCCAUCAAGAAUGUUGCCUUGCCCCACCAAAGUCAAACUAUCCACAACAGGGGUGAUGUACAUGUAGCUUCCCAACAAAAAGGAAAACUGUUUAUUAUUAACCUCCAAAUGUGCUUCAAUGCCAUGCAACACUCCUUCCGUGGUCUCCAACUGCUCUUAAACGCUAGUAAAACCAAAUGCAUGCUUUUCAACCGUUCGCU